ACUACAAUUCCCAGAAUGCGUCGGUGCAGGGGUACGUGACCGUCUUGCUGGGUCGAGUUGUCAGGGGCCGGUUUUCCUCUUCGUCCUGCGAUUGAGUCAGGUGAACGCAGUCUUCCGUUUCUUCGUUUUAAUCUCCCUUCGCUGUUUCUGUAUGCAAGUGUCGAUAGCGGUUUUCUUCGUGUGGGUUUUCAUCGGGUAUGCUUGUUCUAAUAAAUCAUCCUGAAGACUUUGACUGGAGAAGGUACUUGGUUUAUGUCAUUUUUAAACGGAAUACCCUCCUCGGGCCCGAACCUCUGCGAAAAGGAAGGAGCUGUAUUUCUGGCCAGGAGGCAGCAGUGAUCCACCCCAUUCCCGUCCCCGUCUCUCGCUCUCGAGGAGCCAUUUUUCAUGCUGAAAAUCCACACUAGGAUGCAGCGAUUAACUGGACGUCAACGCGGGCUUAGGGUCGUCUGUUAACAUCAGUUAACGACCUAAUUGCGGGUGCACUUAAGUUGCAAGGCGGCAACAACACCGAAGGGUGACUAAAACGGAGAAGCAAUUCGUCAAUCAGCGCACGCAUUGACUCUGGAUUGUGAAACGUGUGUGCUAAAGCAACCCGAAUAUUUAUAAGCACCUUGGAAAGUGAUCCUAUCCCCAGGGAAUCAGGUUUGAGGGCUUCCUCAGAUUUUCGCUUAAAAUUCGCAAAAAAAUGCCUAGAAUGAACCUGAGUACGUAGGGCACGAAAUCGCAUAUUAGUAAACAUUCAAUCGAUUUCAUUGUGGGAUUUAAUAACUGCUCUGUAAUAAUUUUAAAGAAAAUCAGGUCGAUUUAAAGUGCGACUUGUAUCAGAUGCGUUAGAAAUUGGCAGACCACUCGAUUCUGUUUACGUCAGUUGGAUAUUUUAGGGAAAAAGAACAAGGCUGUUUUUAUUUAUUUUAAUUAAUUCUUUGAGGAGUCGAAAUGUAAUUGGAAUAAAAAAUACAAACGUAAUAUCGGUGUACAUUGAGAAUAUGCGAGUCAAUGCAGCCGGCAAGGAAAUUCACGGAUGGGGUAUUAUCGUGUUCCCAAGGUCCACUGAUUGUAAAUAGUUGUCUUUCUUUUGGAACUGAGAUAUAACAAUCCAAGCUUUGAUGCCGCCCCCAAUGAAACAGUGCGAAUACAGUCAGAUUACGACGCAGAGCUCGUCUCCCAUGGAGUCUCCCAAAAAGAAGAAAAUUCCGCGGAAGAAAUGGGAAGUUUUUCCAGGAAGAAAUAAAUUUCAUUGCGAUGGCAGGAUCAUGAUGGCCAGGCAAACUGGGGUCUUCUAUCUGACACUUGUCUUGAUUGUGGUCACCAGUGGACUUUUCUUUGUAUUCGACUGUCCAUUCCUAGCAGUUACCAUCACACCUGUCAUACCAGCGAUUGCAGGAGUUUUGUUCUUUUUUGUGAUGGGGACAUUGCUUCGUACAAGCUUCAGUGAUCCAGGAGUUCUACCUCGGGCUACGCAAGAUGAAGCAGCCGAUCUGGAAAGACAGAUAGAUAUCGUCAAUGGUUCAGGUUCAGGAGGAGGUUAUCGACCUCCCCCCAGAACAAAAGAGGUGAUAAUUAAUGGGCAGACAGUCAAGUUAAAGUACUGUUUUACCUGUAAAAUCUUCCGGCCACCACGUGCCUCCCACUGUAGCCUUUGUGAUAAUUGUGUAGAGCGAUUUGAUCACCACUGUCCCUGGGUAGGCAACUGUGUGGGAAAAAGGAACUACAGAUUUUUUUACAUGUUUAUUUUGUCACUGUCAUUUCUGACAGUCUUCAUCUUCGCUUUCGUCAUCACACAUGUCAUUCUCCGUUCUCAGAAGACAGGAUUUCUAAAUGCACUAAAAGACAGUCCUGCAAGUGUGCUGGAAGCGGUUGUUUGUUUCUUCUCUGUUUGGUCAAUUCUUGGCCUGUCAGGAUUUCACACAUACCUAAUCAGCUCAAAUCAGACUACAAAUGAAGAUAUUAAAGGAUCCUGGUCAAACAAAAGAAGCAAAGACAAUUACAAUCCAUAUAGCUAUGGAAAUAUCUUCACAAAUUGUUGUGCAGCUCUGUGUGGGCCAUUGCCACCGAGUUUAAUUGAUCGAAGAGGAGCGAUCCAGUCAGAUACACCACAGUCAGUUGCGCCACCAAAUGGAAUCACCACAUAUGGGGCCACACAAUCUCAGAGCAACAUGUACCAGGGGAUGUGGAGCCAGGAUGAAUAAGUGAAGUUGAGAUGCAGAUGAGCCAUGAUCUAAUUGAAAAAUGGAAGAAGCUAAGGGACAAA